AAUGUCAAUGACGUCGAUCGUACACUGGGUACGCUGUGUCGCCUGGGUGGAUAGUAUAGUUACAUCAACAUUAAAGGGAAUAAAAUGCCGCGGAUUCAUGUAAAUAGAGACUUCGCUUCAGCGCUGAUAAUUAAUGUUUCUUAAUUAACACUGGUCACCUCUGGAGCGGGUAGUUGCAGGCCUAUUUUCGGUGUUUAUCAGCAAUAUUUCAGGGAGAGGAGUGUCGUCAUCCUCACCACAGCAGCUGGGGGGGGAAGUUUGUCACUUUAGUCCCCGUUGAACAAAUGACGAACUGAGAACCUUCUCAACCUCAAGCAUCUCCGCAGCACCCGCUCGUUGAAGGAGUCGACCACGUUGCCUCACCACACUGGACAGAGAAAUGUGUCUGUGCGUGUCCUCGAGUGCAUGACCUCGUCUCAGUGUUUUCUGGCUGCACUUUCUCUCUCACCUUCCGAGAGGCACUUCUGCACUUGACUGACUGCAACAUUUGUCUUCACCACAACAAAGCAUCAUGGGUAGGAAAAAGAUUCAGAUCCAAAGGAUCACCGAUGAAAGGAACAAGCAGGUGACAUUCACAAAGCGAAAGUUUGGUUUGAUGAAGAAAGCCUACGAGCUGAGUGUACUGUGUGACUGCGAGAUUGCCCUGAUCAUCUUCAACCAUGCGAACAAGCUGUUCCAGUAUGCCAGUACUGACAUGGACAAGGUCCUGCUCAAAUACACAGAGUACAAUGAGCCGCAUGAGAGCCGGACCAAUGCCGAUAUCAUUGAGACUCUGAGAAAGAAAGGCUUCAACGGCUGUGACAGCCCAGAGCCAGAUGGCGAAGACUCGAUUGACCAAAGUCCCCUUAAUGAUGACAAAUACCGGAAAACCACAGAGGACCUGGAUGUUCUCUUCAAACGCUACGGACAGUCAACAGCUCCGCCUCAGACGUUCUCCAUGCCGGUCACCGUCCAGGCGUCCAAUCAAAGCACACUGCAGUUCAGCAACCCUGGCAGCGCACUGGUAACUACCUCCUAUGUAACAUCAUCAUCGCUCACGGAUACCCACCUCCUGUCGCCACAGCAACCGGCUCUUCAGAGAAAUACGGUGUCUCCUGGGUUGCCACAGCGACCAGCCAGUGCAGGCGCUCUUCUUGGAGGCGACCUGAAUAAUUCAAAUGGAGGAUGUCCAAGUCCAGUCCCUAAUGGAUACACCAGUGCCAGGGCCUCCCCAGGCCUCCUCACCGUUUCCAACGGCAACAGUCUGGGGAAAGUAGUUCCGGCCAAGUCUCCACCCCCACCUCCGAGCCCCCAGAUGGUCAACAGCCGCAAGCCAGACCUCCGAGUCAUCACCUCACAGGGCGGAAAGAGCCUCAUGCAGAUGACAGAGGAUGAGCUGGAAUUGGUAAACGAGAACGCCCAGCGGCUGGCGGCUGGAGCUCAAACUCUCACCACACCGGUGGUCUCUGUAGCCACACCGAGCCUCCUGGCACAGGGGCUGCCCUUCUCCGCCAUGCCCACAGCGUACAACACAGAGUACCAGCUGACCAGCGCGGACAUCACUGCUCUACACGCUCUGGCGUCACCAGGAGGCUUGCUGCCCACUGGCGUGUCCACAUGGCAGCAGCAGCAGACUGUUUCCCAGCCAAGUCAGCAGCAGCAGCAGCAACAGCAAACACAGCAGCAGCUUAACUUAGCAUCACUCAGCAACUUGGUCAUGUGGGGCGUGGACAAACAGAGCAGCGAGCUGUCUAGCCAGGUGUCCAGUCUGGCUGCCAAUCUGAGUGUUGGCUCUCCGUCCAACCUGCUCUUGGGUAGAGAUGAGUGGUUGGGCCGGCCGGUGACCAACAUCCCUCAAGGCGCCAUGCUGACCGUCAACACAAACUCCGGCGUGAGCAUCAAGUCGGAGCCCGUCUCGCCCGGCCGGGAUCGCAGCACCCCUUGCCCUCCUCCGUCUACCACGCCAUCCUCGACCUCGGGAGGUACCAUCCUGACUGCCCCGCCUCAAUACCCCGGCUCCCUGCUGUGCCUGGAGCCCCCGACCGGCCGCUCGCCCGCAGACAGCGUAAGCAGCAACGCCAGCUCCUUCAAAGGCAGCGACCGCGACGACGCUGGAGUGGCUGGAGGUGGCACUGCGGGAGGAGGAGGAGGCGGUGGGGCCGGCGGCGGAGGUGGCAGCUCGGCAGGUCCCACCAGCCGGUCCGUGCCGCCUGACUUCAGCCCGUCGGCCGAGCUCCUCAGGGCGUCAAACGAACAAGACCAGGAGGGAGGAAACAUCAAGCGCAUGAGAUUGGAUGCCUGGGUCACAUAAAGGCACUAACACCUCCUCUCUGCACCCACAGUGAAGUUUUGGUGACUCCCACAACACGCACCCACACUCAUUCUUAGUCCCACCCCCCCCACCACCACCACUGCCCCGACCCCACUGCCAUGUGACACUAUCAUCACACACAGUUAUAUUACUCAGCUGCGUCACCCAGACUUCAGAGGCUUUGCCAAAAAAAACAUAAAAACAAGCAUAAAAAUCCUGAUGGACGGCUCCGAGCUCAGCUGGAUAUUUUAGCCCCUCGGAUGGAGGGACAGUAGAUUUUUAAAGCCUUCUUGCUUGAAUGGACUCCCACAUAUUGAUAAUUUUCUUUUUCUUCUUUGGUAGAAAUAAGUUGUUUAAAGUGAAACCACAAAACAAACAUUUCUCUUUCACACGGUUUCCGUAUCGCCUCCAUGUAUUUACAUCGACCUCCUUUCAUUUUAACACAACGUGACUCGUGGCCUGUCGACAUUACGGGACUAAUGCCGCACGACUCGCCACUUCCUGCUCUCCAGAAUCCAGCGUUUAUUUAGGCUGCGUGCUGUCGAUUCUCCUGUAAGGCACUUCCAAACUGCACUAAAGGAAAUAACUUUAUCUGGACAAAGACUGAGCGAUUCUUGGCACUGACCAAAACAGACUCAAGCAAAGGUCUUUCUAGGUAAGAAUAUUUCUGCGUCAAAGGAUUUUUUUUUUUUUUUUUUUUUUUGCCUCUGCUGCCACGACCUCAUGCAACCAGGCAGGCCCCGAGCCCCUCAGGUGGCACUCUGCGGCUGUGUGAGUCGAGCACCUCGCCAGAGUGCCAAUAUCAACUUCUCUUUGAGAUUUAAAUAAAAAAGAGAGACAAACAAAAAUGCCAAAUGCCCCUGUUCUCUAUAGGGACAUGCUAUCGCUCGCACUGUCGUGAAACAUUGAGAAUUGUAUUGGCGGUCACUUUGUUCACAGACUGGGGUGCUCCUCCCGUCCUCUCACCUCAUCUCCUCUGGAACUCGGAUGGAAAUCCAGCCGGUCACUCAGCUUAUUACCAGGAGUAGAUGCCAUCCAAGUGAAAUUCAAUAGUAGGAGUUUUUUGAGCCUCUGUUGGCUCUUUUUAUUUUUAAAAUGAUUUUAUUUUACUUUUGGAGUAGGGAAGUAUUUGGUUCUCUAAGUCCAAGUGUUCUCUAUCUGUUGGUAUUUUAAAACUCUGUUAGUCGUCCAGAAGUAGGAAUUCCGACUUUGUAUAAAAAUCACUCCUUAUACAAAAAAAGCUUUGAUGUCCUCUUUAGCUCUCUAUAGCUCUCCUUAGCUCUUUGCCGUGUUUCGAAAAAGUGAAAGGAAAAAGACAUUUUUCUAUAUUUCUACCGCUUCAGUUGGCGACAAAGUAAAAAUAGCUUUUCGGCUUCAACGACGUGUAUGUACAUAUGAAUAUAUUUGCAUAGACUUUGCUAGGUAUCCCUAAAAACAAGCAAUGUGUUGAUUCUCAGUGGAUCUGUUUGCAUAUAUGAGUGUGCAUUUGAUAUGUUUUGAGAUACAGGUGCAGGGGUUACGCCGCGCUGGGUGGUGCCGGCGGAUCGGACGUGUUUCAAGUAAACCUAUUUUAUUCUAGUGUUGAUGGUGUGUGCACUUUCCGUCUCUCACUCACAGAGGCCUGCUUGGUUGUGGUGUCAUCAUAUUCGCUUGCCACAGUUCUUCUUCUUUCGUUUUUUUUUUGAAGAAAAGAACCCACGAUCAAAGAAGGAAUCCUACACCGUGACAUAAACUUAUUAUCAGGACACUGCCGUUCACUUCUAGCGUAGAGAGGUAAAAUACACUUUGACGGACUCGUGUAAAAUCUUUUCCACGUCACGGUAAGCUGACAAUUUCUUUUUUUUCCCAUCGGGAAAACCAAGUUUGACGUUUAAGUGUAGCUUUUCUUGAACAAAUCUGUUUUUCGUUGAACCAUUUCAAGUGUGUGUAUUGGUGUGUGAACCCAGGCUGUUUAUCGCUCUCGAUUAUUUUACCUUCCCCCCCCCUGGAGACGAUGCUCAAAGUGCAGACCGGCUGUUAUUUAAACAAUCCUACACCUUUCCGUCAGUGUAGGUGAGCAGCGUUUGACGCCGACUCUGGGUUCAUGGCGCGAGUCGGAAAAAGACAUUGGGGCCGCGUGGGAUUUUCUCAAAAGACUGACGCGUCUAGCGGCGGCGUUGCUGAGGUAUUUCAUCGUCAUCAUCAUCAUCAUCUUUCCUAGUGUGUGUGGAGGGUAGUUUUUCACUCCACUGAUUUCAGGUUAGCGCUGCUUUCCCCUCUCAGUCAGCCACGGUUAGCAAUUUAACAGCCAACACUUUCAAAGAGCGCUUAUUGGAGAAGUUUUUUUUUAAGGAAUAGUUAUACAGUGAGUGGGAACGAGGAGAUCUGUGCUUUUAGUGGUCAGUAUGUACACAAAACACCAGCCAGCACGCCUGAUGCUUACCUCUAAUGCUGCAUUUACAAAAGCGAGUUAUUUACAUUAUUUACAGCUGCACAUUGAAACGUUAAAAUACAAGUUUCCCAAAAAUCACUAAAGAAAGUGAAUAUAUGUUAUUUUAUUAUAUGUUAUAGAGUUUGUCAGAGCAACACAAAUCCAUUAGAAUCAGUCGGGAAGUGAUGCAAGCAUGAAAGUUGUCAGUUAUCUUUAGUGUCUCUUAACCCUAUAAUGCCCUUAAUACAGGAGUUUCUGAGACCUCUAUCUCGUUAACUUGAUCAAUACUUGCCAUAAUUUUAAAAUCUUAUGGACAAAACUCUUUUUCUUUGUCUAAAAUUAACAUUGUUGUUAACAAAAAGUUGCCAAAACACCCAAUGUAUCAAAUGCGAUACAAAGAAAUAUAUAACAAGUAUAUAAUCAAAAUAUAUCAUACACAACAUGAUAUAGCAAAAACAUUUUUUGUGGAUUUUGUUAUAAGGGUUAAUGAGAAUCACAGUUUCAAAAACUCAGGGUUAAAAAGGGUGCCCAUUUUUCUCCUUACACACAAUAUGAGUCUAGAUUCGGUUGUUUGGGCAUCUAAGGCAUAAGUCAAAUUAGAUAUGUCACCAAUCAAAGCAUUUUAUGUGUAUUAUUUACACAUUGGCCUAACAUGCAGUAGAUCCCUGCAUCAGGACCCGGAGGAGAUCAGGAAUGAUAGCCAUGGCGACACCUUACAGUGAAAGGUUUGGUUUCCAGAUGAACUCUGAGGCUCUCUAAAGGCAUGCUAGUUAUAAAUUUAGAAUCCUAAUAUGUAUGCAUAUCACAUUUCCAUGCUGAACCGACUAAAUGUGACCAGCUGUGGCAAAUUCCGAUGUCAGAGAGAAAAAUUCCAAGUGAGAAUCUUGAACCGUCUGCAGGCCUGUGUCACCAUUUGGAUAAUUUUUACACUUAAAAAUUGGACUUCAUAUUUGUUCACGUGCUUAAAUCCAAAUGAAGAUUUCAAUUAAAUUUGUGGUUUUCAUCCACCGCUUGUGUAAAAAGCACAUAAAUAAAUUUGGAUGUCUCCACCUGACACGUCUUGGUGUUAGCGACCAUAAAGUCAGCUCGAGCUCAUUUAAAAGGAGCUAUGCGUCGUCUGCAUCCAUUUUCACAAUACUAUAAAAGUAUCGAGCUCAGGCAUUUACAUUACACAACUACAAGCCGCGGCACAUCUCAGAGUUGAGAUGUGAGAUCUCAAAGUUAAUGCAGCACUUCUUUUUUUUUUUUAGUUAAAAUGACAGAGUGAGCUUUAGAGGUGCUGGCAGGCAGAGUGUGACCGCUGGACCGUCGUAUCGAGCAUCUUCUCCGGCCUACAUCCCAUCAAGAAAUUUCAAGAUGUCAAACUAUUCCUUUUGAACACUCGGGAUGGGUGUCCGCCUUCCUGCAGACAGAGCUAACGAUCUCCUCUCGUACCACCCGCUCAUUUCCACUUUUAGAAAAACUCACCUUCAGUGGCAUCUCUUCGUGUCUGUGGGCGCUGAUGUUUGACUGAAAUGUGACACCACACCGAUUGGCUUUGUUCAUGUACAAAAUGGGAAAAAAAAAGGUUCUCUGUCCAAUCUAGCAGUGUAGUCACAAGACAAUCUAUAUGAGAAAUGAAAACCUGCACCCCUGUUACUUGUUGUGUACAAUGUUUUUUAGAAUCUCACUAUUUUUGGAUUAAUUUGUGCUGGUGACAGUUCCAUUGUCUAUUAUUAUUAUUAUUAUUAUAAUGAUAUUAUUAUGGAGCUUUUAUUUUAUUGCUAUUUUUUGUGUAGGAUAGCCAACUGUUUUUAAUUUCCUCUCUCUUAUUUUUCUCUUCCGUAUCAUAAACAUAUAGUACUGGUUUCCUUUUUUGAGGCAACUUUGCUGACAAUUGCACGAUCAGUUAUUGUGGUAUUAGCAAAUGCAAUGAAGGAAAUACCAGUUAAAUGCUGCAGUUUUAAUUAAGAUACAGAAUAUAUUUAUAAAACGGGAAACAACUGAAAUUAGUAAAAUCCUGAAAUUUGAAACAUGUAAAUGCAUGGGAUACAGGUAACAACGACAUAUGUUACGUAAUGAUAAGGACAUGCAUCAGAGAUGAGUUUUAAAGCAACUCAGAAUAAUGUAGCAUAUGAAAUACUAAAGAUGAAAUUUAUAGCUAAUAUAUUGUGUUGAGCUGGUCUGCUUUGGGUUUUGUUGUAAAGAAAAUAUUUCUUUUUUUGUUGUUUUUUUUGAGAAUGAUAUACAGUUUGUGUAUAUUUUCAUAUACAAAGUAUGCACUGAUAUGUUAUUGAAAUUCUAUACCGCUUUUACAAAAAAGUGUUUGUUGUACCAAAGUAUCCAAGUCCCUUGAAACCUUAUCCUUUUUGCGUAUGUUUUACCGUAUUUUAUAUAUUAAAUAGACAAACUGAGUGAAAUGAA